AGGACCAGGCCGCCAUACAACAAAAAACACCCCCAGUAACGCCAGGUGCCAUCAAUGGAGAUUUCGAACCGGUUGAAGUCUACCGAGUUUAAUACAAGUGAUAUGUCCAGAGAAUGAAUGAGCCCUGGUUUAUUUGAGGAUAAGGAGGUUGAUGUAGCGACGCUGUCAAACAAACUAUACCUGUAACAACUUUAAAGGUAAACAGCAGCAUUGACAUGCCUUGCACUGUACUCGUGACGGGCGCCAGUGGGUUUCUGGGUCAACACGUGGUCAAGACUCUACACGAGAAAGCGGCAGACUUUGUGACUUAUUUAGUCCUCUUUGACAAAGAUACAUUUGUGCAGAAACUUGAUUACAAGCCGAAGAUUCCAAUAGAAUGUAUCACGGGUUCAAUAACCGACCCCGAGGUGGUCGGAAAAGCUGUCCAGAAGGUAGACUGUGUUAUCCACCUGGCGGCAGUCAUCAGUGUCUCGACCUUCCCCAAUGUCAAGGCCAUGCAAGACGUCAAUGUCAAAGGCACUGCUUUAUUGCUAGACGCCUGUGUUGGUGCUAAUGUUGGAAUAGUUAUAACGUGUUCUACGCAGGACACGGCUGUAGACUUGACGGACCAGACGAUGGUUGACGAGACCUACAAAGUAGAACCAAGCAAUCUGGCCUUUGGAGAUUAUGCCAGGACAAAGCUAGAGGCAGAAAAAAUCGUGCUGGCAAAACACGGAUCACGAUUGAAAAACGGUGAUCGUUUGCGAACUGUUGUUCUUCGACCAGGAGUAUUGUAUGGAGAACUUGACGCCAUUUUUGUGGCAGAAGUCAUACGCAAUGCAAAGAAACAAGGCGGCGUUUUGUAUCACUUCGGAAGUCCUCAGGCGGUUAGCCAGUAUGCUUAUGUAGGUAAUGUGGCUUGGGGCUUUGUGUGCGCUUUAAGGAAACUUAGUCAGGAUACUUCUAUUGGAGGAGAGGCUUACUUCAUUGGAGAUGAGACGCCGCUCAUGCAGUUGUUCAAAUUCAGUGAACUCUUUAUCAAACUCUAUGACGGCAGGCUCUCGUCGAGACCAAUUCCGUAUACGUUGAUCCUGGUGAUCGUUUUAUUAUUAGAAUGGAUUGUUUGGUUGAUUUCUCUUAAUAAACAAAUAAAUCUUCCCAUAUCGUCCUCAACUGUACGGUACGCAAACAAAAAAUGGAGUUUUUCUUAUAAUAAAGCUAAAACCGAGCUGAAUUAUUCCCCUUUGUUCGAUUGGGAGGAGAGCUAUAGCCGUUCGUGUGAGUACUAUAAAACAGCGGUCACGUGACAAAUGACUGAAUGACGCAAGACAAUCACAGAAUAUGUAAUUGUGUGAAGUCUUCUAUCUGUACAUUGCAAAUUCGAUUUCUUCGAAAUUAAAUUAUUCCUUUCAUGUUUUAGUCAAAACACUGAAGCAAUCAAGAAUAAAAAAGUGAAUAAGGAACAAUGUAGUUAUGAAUGAUUGAAAGAAGGUUGGAAAAUAAAGAGAACAAAUCCAAUAAUGUUGCAUAAAAAUUCAGAAAGUGUUCAUGCAAAAAAUAUUUACUUGUGUAUGUGUGUUGAAUAUAGGUGUAAUUGAAACUGAUUUUUAGUACGUACUACUGUGUAAGGUUACACAGUGUUAAACAUCAUCUAAGAUUCUUUUGUCGACAAAAAUCUAUUUUUAAAAGAAACUUUUGUUUUCAAAUUGUGCAAUAUUUUUGAAUUUGAAAACAUAGAGUAAGUGGAACAUCUACGAUGGUAUAUGUAUAGCAUACAUGUAGUUUUGAAUUUGAAUUAUAAACUUAUAUUUAUUGUCUAAUAGUUUGAAUCCCGAUGAUUUUGUGUAUGGAAUUUGUUUAAAUGUUCACUGUUUACGCCAAUGAAAAAUGAUUUAACGGAAAAGUAACCCAAUUUUUAACUGUUUUUACUCGUAUGUUUUUUCCUCUUUAAAAUGUCCCUUUACCUGUAAGGUGGAAUAAAAAAAACCCAAAAACCUAAAACGGUUCACAUAACU